CAACUAAACAAUUUACAAGCGCGCCUGAAAUCAACACAGGGCAAUAAACCAAUACCAAACUGUAGGCCAGGAACAUUGUCAGACGCAUUCGCCAACUCCCUUGAUUGCGACGCGAAGCCGCCUUGCAUGUCGCAAGACCAUGAACGACGCCGUAAAGGAGACACCAAAAAGGCCGGGGACACCUUCCCACGCAACGAAGCAACGCAAAUUCUGACGCUAGAUACUGUUAAUAUUUCUCGCAGCCGAGGAGCCCAAUUUCAUAAAAAGCAUGCAUCGUUCGGAUUCUUGGACGGCAUUCAUUCUAUCGAGCAACACAUCAGCUUGUUGCUCGAAGACUUGCUCAUGUACGGAUCCCAAACUACAAUCUCCGCUUCAGAGGAACUGAUCCUCCGUGAAGCAUUUUUUGGACUGCACUACGUGUGGCGCAUGCGUAUUCGGGGCUUGCCUGAUGCCGCGUUCAGCAAGGAACUCAUGGAGCGGGUGCGGCAGGUCCUGCUCCUCUUCACGGGACGCGUCAAAAUGCGAGGACACGUCCCGUUUCUGGCAAAGCCUAUGCCCACCCGCGAAGCAGUCUUUGCCUUCAUCAUUUUCUGUGGCAUGCUCCAGGACGUGGGUAGCUUCCGCGAAGUUGUGAAUACCAAGAUGUCGGUAGCAGAUAUCAGGCGGGCCUUAACUGUGCAUUUAUGGCUGUCGGUAAAGGAGGUGGAGGAGGACGACGAUGUCCCUGCUGAUGUCAGCCACGUGGUGGGCUGGUCCUCCAUGAAGAUUUCCGUGGAGGAACUCCGGCGUCUGGCGGUGACGACGGUGAUAUUCUUGGUGGGGAUUUUGGAUUCGUGCGGUGACUGGGUAGAGCUAGUAGAACCAGGCGCUCGCAAAGUUUUUGCCAAGUACUGCGAGGCUGCCGGGGGCUUCAAUGCGCCCGACGCAAACACCCAGACGCUCAAGCCCCUCUUGGCUCCCAAAGGCGAGUACUGGGACACAGGGGUGGAGAAGGUGUUGUGCAUGUUUCGCACCCGUCUAACCGAGGGGCUGGCGGCGACGGACGUGUCGGCCCGACGGGAAGUGUACGGCGACAAUCGGACGCCGCCCAUGGCCCGUGCCUCCCUUCUGGGUAUCCUUUUCCGGCAGCUCGCCGACUUGAUCGUCGUCAUUUUGUUGGGAGCGUGCGUUGUCAGUGCAGGCCUGGGGGACUUCAAAACGGCCAUCGUCCUCGGGGUGGUGGUCACGCUGAACACGACCAUUGGAUUCUACCAGGAAUGGAACGCGGAGCGAGCGAUUUCUGCCCUGGCUUCCCUCUCGGUCCCGCAAUGCCAGGUGGUGCGGGCGGGCAUGACUUGUGUGGUGGACGCCGGGGAGCUGGUUCCGGGGGAUAUUGUGGUGCUGGAGGAAGGGAACGCUGUGCCGGCCGACCUCCGCCUGUGCGAAGUCUCACAACUCGCUGUGAUUGAGACCCUCUUGACAGGAGAGUCCGUCCCCGUAGAAAAAUCCACGGAUGCCAUCCAGGGCCACCGCCGUGUCUCAUUGGGAGACCGCCGGAACAUGGUUUUUCAGAGCACCGUGGUCAGCCGAGGGCGCGGUAUCGGCGUGGUGGUAAACACGGGCAGCACCACCGAGAUCGGCCGCAUCAGCGUCGCCAUUGCCGGCACCCGGGUAGGAAAAACCCCGCUGCAACAGAAAAUGGCCGCGCUGGGCAAGCACUUGGUGGUGGUGGCCGUCCUGGCCUGCGCCCUGGUGGUGGUGGCGGGCAUCGCUUGGGAUCCGCACGACAUGAACAUCAUCAAAGUCGGCGUCUCCCUCGCCCUUUCCGUCAUCCCGGAGGGGCUGGUGGCCAUCGUCACGUUGACCAUGGCGUUAGGCAUGCAACGGAUGGCGAAAGGGAACGCCUUGGUCCGUCAACUCCCCGCCGUGGAGACCUUGGGCUCCGUCACGACGAUUUGCUCGGACAAGACGGGUACUAUUACGGAGGGGGUCAUGCGCGCCCGGCUGUUGUGGGCACCUGCCGGUGGGCUCUUGGUGCCAGUCCCCAGGCUAGGGCGGGAGAAGGACGCGACUCGAUUCGGGUUGGCGGGCGUGGAGGCCCCCGCCACCCACAUGGUACCGCACGCGUUGCAAACCGCCGUGGGGGGGGGGGGCAAGGGGAAGCAGGACCGGGGAGAAAGGGCAGAGACGGUGUCGGCGCGGGACUGGGCGGCCGGGUGGCAGCUGGCGGUGAUGGAGCUCUGCAACAACUCAACACUGAGCCCGGAACCAGGAGCAGACGGAGCCAGGACCGGCAUUGGAGAUCAGACGGAGGUGGCCAUGAAGGUCUUGAUGGCCGACGUGGGUUUAGCCUGGCCAACGGCGUGCUUGCACCGGCAGGAAGAAAUCGCCUUCGACUCGGACCGGAAAUGCAUGUCCGUAGUCUGUUCUAUCCUCCCCACGGCCCCCACCGACCGUCCCCCCCUCUUGCGGCAUUUGUCGGAUACGUCCCGGGUCGUUCUCUCCAAAGGGGCCCCGGAAGUCUUGCUCGGCCUCUGCGCCACUUGGAUGGACCAGGAAGGCCAAACCCAUCCGAUGACUGAUGCCAAGCUCCAAGAGACGGACGCCUGGUGUGACGCCUUUUCCACCCAAGGCCUGCGGACCCUGGCCUUGGCGGUGCGAUUCCUCCCGGGCAACGCCGGCAAUCCCGAGGCGGGCGGGGACGAGAACGGCGUGGAGACCUCCUUGGUCUUUGUGGGCAUGGUGGGGUUGGCAGAUCCCCCACGAAGGGGUAUAGCUGCCUCCAUUGCCGCCUGCCACGCCGCGGGUAUCCGUGUGGUGAUGAUCACGGGCGACCACGUCCGGACCGCCUCCUCCAUUGCCCGUUCCGUGGGGAUUCUAGAGGCUGGGAUGGACUCGAAUGCGCUGGUGUUGAACGGUUCCGCCCUCGCCUCCAUGACGGUGGAGCAACUCGCCACGUUGGACCCGUUUCCCGUCGUCUUCUCCCGAGUCACGCCCGACAACAAGCUGAACAUCGUCAAGGCCCUGCAGCUUCGCAAAGACGUGGUCGCUAUGACGGGGGAUGGGGUCAACGACGCACCUGCCAUCCGACAGGCCAACGUCGGGGUGGCCAUGGGCCGUUCCGGGACGGACAUUACCCGUCAGGCGGCGGAUAUCAUCCUGGCCGACGACAAUUUUUCCACCAUCGUCGUCGCCGUGGCGGAAGGCCGAAAAAUUUACGACAACAUCCUCAAGUUCAUCGUCUACCUCCUCUCCUGCAAUUUCUCCGAGGUAGUGAUGAUGUUGGUGGCGGUUUCCUCCGGAUACCCUGAACCGUUGAACGCGCUUCAAAUCCUGUACGCCAACAUCGUUGUCGACAUUCCCCCAUCGUUAGCCCUGGGGGCGGAAGACAUCGAGCCCGAUGCCAUGCGCCGCAUGCCCCGCAACCCCGAAAAAGCGAUAGUGGGAAAGCGGUACACCCUCGCUUUGAUCGCUCAGGCACUCUCGAUUGGCCUCCUCUCCUUUGGUAGCUACGCAUUUUGCCUGGACGUGGAAAAGCUUUCGGUGGAGCAAGCGCGGUCGGAGGCCUUUGCCGUCAUUUUCAUCACCCAAUGCGCCCAUUCCUUCAUGUCACGCUCCAUUCGCAAUUCUUUGCUUACUUCAGGCCCGGGAGAAAUGUUCUUAGGAAAUGUCUGGCUGCUGGGCGGCAGCGCCCUCUCAGUUGCUGCUGUGGUUGCGGGCAUCUAUGUUCCAGGCUUCAACGCCGUCUUCGGUCUCGUCCCCAUCAAUGGCCGCGCAUGGAUCAAGGUCUUGAUUGCCAUUGUCUUGCAUUUGUGCAUCGUGGAGGUUGGCAAAUGGAUGAUUCGUCGGGUGAAACCCGCAUCGAGUCAAGAACCUUCGGCGUUUCUUUCCCCUCCGCUUGGCGGCCCCUGGUCUUGCGAUGGGGAAUCGAUCCUGCCGUCCGCAUCUGCCCAGCCUGCCAUGCCAAAUGAUAAACAUAGAAAGUCUGGUGCAUUGACGGGUGCAGGAGAAACCAGCGAUAUAAUUUGAGGUUACUGUGUGUGUGCACGCAAUUAGAAUUCACCGCAGACUCGGAGCCCUGAAGAGAGCUUGAGAGAGCAAUAUCGGAAACAGCACGGAUUGUGCGCCCUGCACUCGAAGUGACAACACAAAUGAAGUCCAUCCUUACUUUUUUGUUUUGAGAUGAUGGUCGAACGGAAGGAGUGGAUGCCAUUAUAUGUGAUAGGAAGUAUAUUUCUGCCUCUCGAAUGACUGACUCGACCGAGUGAGAGCGACCAUAUGAAAAUCCGGGCGCAAAGGAGUGCCGGACGAAACGAAACGAAAGGAGUAGAAAACGUAAGGCAGCAUUUUGAAGGGACG